GAAAUGUUAAUAAAUAAACCUAAACCAAUAGAACCGCAGUUUUUCCUCCUCGCCGAAACGAAGAAGAUUCUCCUUCUCUCCGUCAGACAAAUCUACGAACAAGCGAGCCUGAGCUUAAGACCAAACUCAUAGAGAUGGGUUUCUUCUCUUUUCUUGGAAGAGUUCUCUUCGCUUCUCUCUUUAUCCUCUCCGCUUGGCAAAUGUUCAAUGAUGGUGGUCCUGCAGCUAAAGAAUUGGCUCCAAAGCUUGAUUUGGUUAAGGCACAUUUAUCUUCUAGAUUAGGAGUAACAUUGCCCAAAAUAGAGGUGAGACAAGUCGUUGCUACUAUUAUUGCCCUGAAAGGAGUCGGAGGCUUACUCUUUGUUAUCGGAAACACCUUCGGUGCUUAUCUUCUGGCUUCCUACUUGGUGGUUUUCGGUCCUAUUCUCUAUGAUUUCUACAACUACGGACCUCAGGAACGUCAUUUCUCUCUUCUGUUGACAGAGUUCUUGCAGAGCGUUGCACUCUUUGGAGCGUUACUCUUCUUUAUCGGAAUGAAGAACUCGACACCCGCCAAGAAGAAUUUGAAGAAGAGGACACCUAAGCCGAAAGCUGCCUAGUAUCAAUAUUAGUUUUCUUCUGGUUUUGCCAUGAGCAAGCAAUACCUUGCCUUUUCCUUUUUUCCCGACAAAAUCUUUCCUUAGAACUUUUGUUUUCUUUCUGUUUUAGGAUUCUUAGAUUAGCUCAUGAUCUUAUACUAAUACUGUGAUUUGAUAUUGGGGAUCUUGAAGUUUUGGUUUGUUGAAACUGGAACCAUGCAGCUACAGAACAAUGAUUUCAUGACCUUGGAAUCCAAACAGCUAAAACAGAAGUUUAUUCAAAAAAUGGCUUCACUAACGCCUCAUAAGAACCAUGUUAAAGAUCAAGUCUCUCUCUCGUUAAAUUUUAAAAGCUCGGCUAUUCCAAUUGAGUAGUGUUGAUGUCGAAGCUCCACACAUAGAUUCCAUAUUCCUUCCACUUAAAGACCUCCAGAUGGGAUUACAAACAUACGGGAACAGAACUCGGUUGGUUCCAUGAAAGCAGUGAAUCAUCAGGUUUUAUGUGAAGAAUAUUGCAAUGGAGAUAUUAGAUUUCUAUGAAAACCAUAGACUGUUCACAGAAGAGAGAGUUCACGCCGCCUUCAACAAACUUGCUACAAACCCGUAAAGUUUCGACCAAGGAAUCUUUCUCUUCUUGUCUGUGUGAUUUGUUCCCCUGAGAAAAUAUAAUGUUUUGCCAGAAGUUUUGGAAAUGAGAUUACUCUGUUUAUUGUACAUCAGUUUUGCUCGUCUUGCUUCAACCAUGUCUUGCCUAUGCUUAUACACAGUCAAAGAGGU